UGAGGACGAGGUAGACAAUGGACAUCGAUUGAUUGAACGAGCCUAAUAUUAGGCAUUGUCCAAUCACAAUCUUCGUUAAAAAGGCGGUCAAUGCACAGCGCCAUUUUCAAUUCUACUUGUUUUGAAUUGACAGAGCAAAUUGGUGCCUUUGCAGCAUCAUUUUUGGGUUGUACAAAAUGGAUGGACAAAUUGAGGAACCUAUGGAGACAAAUGCUGAAUCACAGGAGAAUAAAGAGAAUGAGCCUUCUCCAAGCCAGACUGACCCACCGCGGAGUAUCAGCCAUGAAACAUCAAUCAACACUUCACAGUCCAGUGUCAAUAGUGCAGCUAAACGUCCAUCACCAGAUGAACCCAGACUCAUGAUCUCCAAGAUUGUCACAGAAAAUUUCAAGUCCUAUGCUGGGAAGAUCUCCCUUGGCCCAUUUCACAAGAGCUUCUCAUGUAUAAUUGGACCCAACGGAAGUGGCAAGUCCAAUGUAAUAGAUUCCAUGCUGUUUGUGUUUGGCUAUCGUGCUGCCAAGAUCCGCUCCAAGAAGCUCUCAGUCCUGAUCCACAAAUCAGAACAGCAUCGUAACCUGACCAGCUGCACUGUAGCGGUCCACUUCCAGAAGAUCAUCGACACUGGGCCGGGUGACAAUGACUACAAUGUGGUUCCCAACAGCACCUUUGUGGUCUCUCGUACUGCUUAUCAAGACAGCAGCAGCAAUUAUUACGUGGAUGGAAAGAAAGUCUCUUUCAAAGAGGUCACUGCUCUGCUCAAGUUGAGUGGUGUUGACCUGGAUCAUAACCGGUUUUUGAUCCUACAGGGUGAGGUUGAACAGAUAGCCAUGAUGAAGUCUAAGGCUCAGACAGAGCACGAGGAAGGCAUGUUGGAGUAUCUAGAGGACAUCAUUGGCAGCAACCAGUACAAAGAACCUAUUGAGGAGAUGGCUAAGGCAGUGGAACAACUUAAUGAAGAAAGAGGAGAAAAGUUGGGUCGCGUGAAGGCUGUUGAAUCUGAAAUGGAGCAACUUGAGAAACCCAUGAAGGAAGCUCAGGAAUUCCUCAAGACAGAGAAUGAAAUCACCAAGAAAAAGCACAAGCUGUUCAGCAAAUAUGUUCAGGACUGCAAUGUGAAUGAGAAGAAAUCAGAAGAGAAGCGAAACAAAGUGGCCGAGGCCUUCAAGGAGAUGAAAGAAGAACUGGACAAGUUUGCUGAGGACAACAAGACCAAAACAAAGGAAAACAAGAAAAUAUUCAAGACGUAUGAAAAACUGUCAGAGAUUGCAGAACAGAAGAAGGCAGACUUUGCAGAGUUUGAACAACAAGAUGUGAAGUGUCGGGAAGACCUGAAACAUACCAAGGAGAAACAGAAGAAACUUGUCAAGAGUCUGCAGAAAGAAAAGACCAAAUUGGAGGAGUUACAAGCAGUGCCAGCCAAGAGUGAGCAGGAGAUUAAGGAGCUGGAGGCCGGUAAGGAAACUUUGGAGAAAAGACUGAAAACAGAAGAAGCUAAGAUGGGAGAGAUUAUGGCCUCCCUCAAGACAGAGACACAGGAUCUACAAGCUGAGAAAGAUGUGAAAGAAGAGCAGUUGAUGGGUAUGCAGAAGGCUGUCAACGAGGCCAAGUCCAAGAAAGCUGAGGCAGACUUUGAGCUUGAGACUCAGGUCAAGAAACAAGGCAGUGCCAAGGCUAAGCUGGAGAAGGCUAAAGCUGAUCUGGAGAACACGACAACGACGCUAGCUGAACGGAAAGGUUCCAUCAAGGAAUUGGAGCGGCAAAUCCCACAGCUCCAGAGCCAACUGCCCAAGGCCCAGAGUGACCUAGCCACAAUCAAGCAAGCCGAGGCCAAGGCUUCUCAGGAGCUGCACGCCUUGGUCACCAAGGUAGAAGAGGCUCGUAGCUCCUUACAAUCUGCCAGGGAUCGUGGGGCGGUCCUGGAGGGGCUGAUGGAGCAGGCAAGACGGGGCAAGAUUACAGGCAUUCAUGGAAGAUUGGGUGAUCUUGGAGCCAUUGAUGAGAAAUAUGACGUAGCCAUCUCUACUGCCUGUGGUGCACUGGAUAACAUCGUGGUGAACAACAUUGAGACAGCAGAGAAAUGUGUCAAGUUUUUGAGAGAUAACAAUGUGGGGGUUGCCACCUUCAUCGCUAUGGACAAGAUGGAAGAGCGGGCUAGGAAUGCACAAGUGAAGUUCAAUGCUCCAGAGAAUGUUCCCCGUCUUUAUGACCUAGUGCGCAUGAAGGAUCCCAAGUUUGCUGGAGCUUUCUACUAUGCUCUGGGUAACACACUGGUAGCCAAGGACCUAGACCAAGCUACUAGGAUUGGACUGCAGGGAAGCAAGCGCCAUCGUGUGGUCACACUGAAUGGACAGCUGAUUGAGGCAACAGGCACAAUGAGUGGUGGGGGCAAGCAGGUGGCCAAGGGACGCAUGGGCUGUGCCGUGGUGGUGGACAUCACCCCAGAGCAGUUUGCUGCCAUGGAGCGUGAGCUGGAGGCUAAACGCACAGCCACAGCUGAGUGUAGGGACAGGCUGAGAGAGUUAGAGCAAGGGGCCCAUGAGCUGGAGAAACAACUGAAUGAAACCAAACUGACUCUCAAGAAACACAAUAUGGAUAUAAAGGCCAAGGCUGAGCAGGAGGUGACAUUACGAGACCAGAUCAAGGAACUAGAGACAGUGUAUAAGAACUCAGGCAAGGAUGUUGACAUGACUGCACUGGAGAAGAAUGCUGCCAAGUACACCAAGGAAUACAACAAAGUGGCUGAUGCUGCAGCCAAGGUUGAGGGAGAAGUCAAGGUCUUACACGAUAGAAUCAUGGAGAUAGGAAGCACUAAGAUGAAAUCUCAGCAGGCUAAGCUGGAUAAGGUGACUAAGGAAAUUGAUGAAACUUCCACAGGCAUCACCAAGGCCAAGGUGGCCAUCAAGAAUGCUAAAAGGAACAUCAAGCGUGCAGAGGAGAGUGUGGAGAACAUGGAAAAGGAAGAGAAGGAGAACGCUGAGACAAUGCAGAAGAUUGAGGUGGAAUUUAAGCGACUUGAAGAUGAUGCUACAAGGGUUUUGGAGGCGUUCAGAGAGGCGGAGAUGCAAAUGAAGGACAUGGAGGGCCAACUGGAAAAGAGCAAAGUUGAGCUUGAGAAACUUCAGCAGCAAGAGUCUGAGAUCAAGAAGAGACAGGUAGAGGUCAAACAUGAGCUGGAGAAAUACGACUCUCUGGUCAAAGAGAACCAACAGAAAGGCAAACACUGGAAGAAAGAGCUCGGGAAGCUGGAGCUGCAUGCUCUGGUCGGAGAGACCUCUGAAUCUCUCGAGGAGCUGAGUGAGGAACAGUUGGCCGGUAUUGAUACAGAGGAAGUCCAGUAUGAGAUCACAGUCUGUGAGGAACAGCUAGCCAAGAUGAGCCCCAACCUGGCUGCUAUACAACAGUACAAGAAAAAGGAGGAAGCCUACCUAGCUCGCGUAGCAGAAUACGAUGCCCUGACUGAGUCUCGUAAUGCCCAGCGUCGCUCCUUGGAAGACAUGCGCAAGCAGCGUCUUGACAUGUUCAUGCGAGGCUUUGGCUCCAUCAAUGAAUACCUGAAGGAGAUGUAUCAGAUGAUCACGCUGGGUGGAGACGCUGAGCUGGAGCUAGUAGACAGUCUGGAUCCAUUCUCUGAAGGAAUUGUCUUCAGUGUUCGCCCACCCAAGAAGAGCUGGAAGAAUAUUUGCAACCUGUCUGGCGGUGAGAAGACACUGAGCUCCUUGUCUCUUGUCUUUGCCUUGCAUCAGUUCAAGCCUAACCCACUCUAUGUCAUGGAUGAGAUUGAUGCUGCCUUAGACUUCAAGAAUGUCUCCAUUGUAGGACACUACAUUAAGGAGCGAACCAAGAAUGCGCAGUUCAUUGUCAUCUCGCUGCGUAACAACAUGUUUGAGUUGGCCGAUCGUCUGGUAGGCAUCUACAAGACACACAACUGCUCUAAGACGGUUUCUAUUAACCCCCGCAAGCUGGCGGCUCAACAGCCACCACUGACUGAGCAACAGCAGCAGCAGCAGCAGCAGCAACCUGUCACCUGCUCUUGAGGACACAAUCCCCAGCCAUACAAUAGACAGGAAAUAUUCUUCUUGGAAUACUGCACCAGGUGGGCAGAUAAUUCACAUGGACUUGCCGAAUUUUCUUUUGUUUGCCAGAAUUGUUUUUCCAGCAUGGUUUAUACACUUAAUUGCAUUUCGACGAGUUCGGAAGGUCAGUUCUUGUGUGAAGCUCAUUUUCUAUUCUUUUUCCAUUGUAAUCAUGUGUCACCUUUUAAUACCGGAGCUUAAGGCCGUUCAUGUGGUUGAAGUGAAAGAUGCUGUCCAGGCAGAUUCCAGCCACUUUAACUGAGCAACCUACACCAUAUUACACCCAACUUCCAUAUCUUAAAGCUAGAGUGGACUGCAGCUAUCCAAAACAUGACCAACCAAAAUACUUACUUAUUAAAAAGCUUACUUGGUUUAAAGAUGCAAUGACACUUUAAAACUCUCUGUGAAAUUAUUCCUUCUGGCAUGCUGUCAUUUUACAGAAAACAUUAAAAAGGUCAUUUCCAAAGAUGUGUCAAGUGACACAUUUUUGGAAAUUAGCAGUUGGUUUGAAAUUGGGUGAAUGGGUGUGCACAAGCAUUGACACAGUUCAGUAUGUGACAUCACAUAGCUGCAAUUGGCCGUUUGAGAAUGGAUGCUGAUAAUACGGGCGCAGUUGAAAAUAUGGCUCGGCAACUUUUGAAUUAAAAUCGAGAUCCCAGAAUGUUGCUUCCUCGGGAAUAUACAGCAUUCACAGAGCUAAAACUUUGUCAGGUUGUUCAGCACCCUUUUCUUAAGAUUUUGAGCUUUUUGUUGCUUCAAAGGAAAAAGACUGCACAAAUUACAAAUGAUUCUCUCUGCCUUUAAUCCAUUGUACAAUUCUAUUGAUGGGAAAAAUAACAUUGUUGAAACUGUACAGCACAGUGGUCGUGUGAACACAAUAUGCUAUUGCACUUGUCCGAUAUGAAAAUAGGUAAACUCACAUAUAUGUAAAUACAUCAUUAGACAUAAAAUUCUAUUAGCCUUAGAAGUGUAGGAUUAUUGUAUUCCAGUUCACUUGGUCCUUUGUGGCAUGCCAGUCAGAUUUGUCCUUUAGGUAUCUGUCAUGCAAAAACCAGGUUGUAUAAAUGUGGAAUGCAUUGAAUCACGCUUGGAAAUUACCGGUAAUUGUUUAUGUAAAUAUAUGUACACAGAAGUCAUAAGAGUUGCUGGGUGUUUUGUAGAUGUCCGUUAGUUAUGCAGCACAGUUUUCUAUCAGGGCCGAGUCUGGCCCAACUUUGUUACUCCUUUCUCUCCUUGAGUUGAUGAUUUUUUUCAACUGUGUAGAGCACACAGUGUUAAUGUAAAUAUUUAAAAGUUUUGUUUUGGGUUUUUAUUUAAACCAUUUGGUAAUAAAUGAGGAAAGACAAGUAGUAAGUCCAAAA